GGGGGGGGACCUGGGGCACCAGCCUACCCUGGGUAACACCUGUCCCCCCAGUAUAACGAGCUUCUGGCCUACAUGGAGAUGACAUACAGUAUGGCCCAGGUGUGCCUGAAUGAGGGGCCCUGCCUGUCCCUGGAGCCUGGUGAACACCCAAGCCCUGUCCCACCCAACCACAGAAUCUCCAGCACUCAGUCCCUUCCAGGGGCCCCUCCCAGCCCCCAACCACCCUCCCUUAUUGCCAGGAGGGUGAGGGAAGAGGCAAGUGGGAGUGGGUCCCCCAUGGCUCCUUUUCUGGGCAUAGAACUCGAAGUCAUGGCCACCUCCAGGGACAAAGAGGAGCUGCUGUGGGCCUGGCAGGGCUGGCAGGAUGCCGUGGGCUGCCAGAUCUGCACCACCUUCCAGCACUAUGUGGAGCUCAGCAACAAGGCUGCACAGCUCAACGGUUACAAAGACAUGGGGGCCUUGUGGCGCUCCAAGUAUGAGUCGGAUACCCUGGAGCAAGACCUGGAGCGGCUAUUCCAGGAGCUGCAGCCACUCUACCUGAACCUGCACACCUACGUGCGCAGGGCCCUCCACCGCCACUAUGGGCCCGAGCUCAUCGACCUGAGGGGGCCCAUCCCUGCCCACCUCCUGGAGAACACGUUGGCUCAGUCCUGGGUCAACAUCUUAGACCCGGUCCUGCCCUUCCUGAAGAAGAUCCCAGAGGAUGUCACAAAGAUCAUGAAAGUCCAGCACUGGAAGCCAGAGAAAAUGUUGGAAGAGGCUGAGACAUUCUUCACCUCCUUGGCGCUGCCACCUGCCCCACCCAGUUUCUGGAAAAAGUUGAUGCUAAUGAGGCCAACCGAUGGGCGAGAGGUGGAGUGUCACAUCUCUGCCUGGAACUUCUACCAGGACGACGAUUUCAGAAUAAAGAAGUGCACGGAAGUGACCACAGAAGACCCGCUCUCCAUCUUCCACGAAAUGGGCCUCCAGUACUUCCUGCAGUACAAGAACCUCUCCGUCAUCUUCCGCGCAGGUGCCAACCCAGCCUUUGAAGAGGCUGUGGGGUCUGUGAUCACCCUCUCGGCCUCCUCCCACAAGCACCUGCUCAACAUAGGCCUGCUCAGCCUCUAGCACCAGGACUCAGAGGAUGAGGUCAAUUUCCUGAUGCAUAGUGCCCUGGAGAAGAUCGCCUUCAUCCCCUUCGGCUACCUGAUGGACCUGUUUCGCUGGAAGGUCUUUGACGGCACCAUCUGGAAGGACAUCUACAAUCAGGAGUGGUGGAACCUCAGGUACUUCCUCAGUCUGGUGCUCCGGUUCCAGUUCCACGAAACACUGCGCAAAGCCUCGGGCCACAUGGGUCCACUGCACCAGUGUGACAUCUACAACUCCAAGAUUGCCGGGAAGCUCCUGGGAAAAAGACACAGACAAAGUGACAUUCCUGAGUCUGAAGCUGGACCCCAACCAGGCUAAAUUUGGGUACUGGGUGCUGUUGGCCCUGGGCUUUGUCAUGUCUCUGGUGGUGCUGGGGCUGGCCUGCAGGCUGCAGUCCCUGGAAAAACAGUCACUGACUCAAGACACUGAGAUAUUCAGCCCACUGCCCAAUGCCUGCUUCCUGGGCAUAGCCAUGGAACCCUGCCAGGCUGCUAAAGGACAGUGGAUGCUGCUGGGCCUCUGCCUUGUCCUGAUGCUGUGCUCAAUCAGCCUGGCCAUCUGGAUUUUCACACAGUAAAGCAGGAAGCCUCCAAGGCUAUUAGGUCUAUAAGAGCUGGAUGCACAUCAGGAGUGUGCCCCUCUGUAACAACUCUAGUCAGCACAGGCCAUGGUGCACAAAAGGGACUUGGAAAAUGAUGGAAUGACCAGCCUGUCCAACAGAGGGGCAGCCAGGACAUCUCUGCCCUCUUCUCAUCCCCCAGCCACAGUGGCCAAAGAGGCCCCCACUAGGCACUGUGGCUCUGCAUGACAAACGCACAUCCAGCCCAGGACUCUAAGCCUCUCACCUGGACUCCAGUAAAAACCUUGCUGAGCCUCCUUGUCUAUCCUUCCUCCCCCACCCACCAUUGUAAAGUUUAUGUCACCAGAAUAUUUCUUUCAUGUCUAAUUGCUUAAAAACUUGGUUGUUCAUCAAUUAAAUCUAGAUGUUCAAAAUGG